GUCAUUGCUCGAACAUUGUGCAGGUUGAUUGGUGUUGACUUCAUUCUACGUAAAGCGUUGUUCCGACCUCGCUGUUUGUGGACUCCGUUAAUCUACCAUGGCGCAGAACAAAAUGAAUGACUUCGUCAACCGAUUCGGAAAGACGCCGAGAGGGCUUGGUGUGGGUGUCAAGUUGCUCGCCACAGCCGGUGCUGCCGUGUACGGAAUUUCCCAAUCAAUCUUUACAGUUGAUGGUGGGCAUCGAGCUGUUAUGUUCAAUCGAAUUGGUGGUGUAUCGGACCUAACAUUUUCUGAAGGUCUUCAUUUUCGUAUCCCAUGGUUCCAGUAUCCUAUUAUUUACGACAUUCGGUCGAAGCCAAGGAAGAUAUCUUCUCCCACCGGUAGUAAAGACUUGCAGGUUGUGAACAUUUCUCUUCGGGUUCUGUCUCGUCCGGAUGCGAACGAACUGCCGAAAAUUUACAAAACCCUUGGCUUGGAUUAUGACGAACGAGUUCUUCCAUCGAUUUGUAACGAAGUAUUGAAAAGCGUUGUGGCUAAAUUCAAUGCAUCUCAGCUGAUCACGCAGCGUGCCCAAGUCUCGCUUUUGGUCAGGAAAGAACUUAUCGAUCGUGCUCGUGAUUUCAAUCUUAUCUUGGACGAUGUAUCCAUCACGGAACUUAGCUUCGGUAAGGAGUAUGCCGCCGCUGUUGAAGCUAAACAGGUUGCGCAACAAGAAGCCCAACGUGCGAGCUUCUUUGUGGAGCGUGCUAAGCAGGAGAAGCAGCAGAAAAUCGUGGCCGCGUCCCAGAACAAGGUUUACCUGAAUGCGAACACGCUAAUGCUGAACAUCAACGAGGCGGACUUCGAUAAUGCAUCCGACAAACUGGCAUCGGUAGGAGCGUGAUAUUUACAAAAACCGGUCGAAACAACUUACGCGGAUGAGAUCAUGCCGAUGGUGUCGUUUUUGUUGAAGUAGAAAUGUGGAAUAAGGAAAUCAGAGUAGCUAGGUUUCCUAUUGUUUGAACUUUCUCCGGGAUCUGCUCGUGUCUUGCUCUGUGAUCCGAAAUUUUUUUUCUGGUGCGAGAAUCGUGUUUUGGUUUUACGCCUGUGAGAGCCAGAUGGUUCUUUCUGAAAACCGACGUCGAUUUUCCGAUUUCUCGCUUUAAAGACAUCGGUAAGCGUUUAUUUUGCCUUUUCCCACAGGCAUUUUACGCGGCGUUCGGCGGUGAAGAGAACCUCAAGGGUUUCGUGUGAAUCGUUAGUGGACUGGUACAGAUUUUAUCCGCCGGUAUUCAUCUGUUCGAAAAAUUCUCUUGAAUGGGAUUCGCGUUGGUUUUCCUGUUACGGGCAAUUGAAUAAAAUUCGCGUGUUCCGAUUGGAUA